CGGUUCUUGACCUCCGGUUGCCUCAUACUCGUUUUCUUUUCCCAGGCUGAGUCAGAGCACAAAGCAUUCCUCAAGAGUCGGCGCAAAGACCCAGCCAGUCUGGCAAGUCUUUAGAGCUCUGAAAAUCUGAGGUGGCCGAUCCAAUCCAAAGUAAGAAUAGCGCUGCUCCAUGAUUCCCGAUCAAGCUGAAUGCGAUGAAACCACUGAAACCUCUAUGGCCCCUUUUCUUCGAUUUCUGUUCAAUGGCUGGCAAAGAAUGAAGUACCAGGCGUGCCUCCCUAGGAUUUUGUGAUUGUAGGCGGGCGGGCGUACGAUCAUGGAGGGCGCGGACAGCGCAGACGGCGCGGACCGACGGGCAGACUUUGUUGUGGAUCCAUACUACUACUGAUUUGAACGAGUCUGGGCGCGUAAUUUUCUCAAGAAAGACUCGAAAACAGGUCCGCCCCCGCAUUGAUUUGGAGCAUCCCAAUUGUUCUUGAUGAAUUCAUUUUUGAGGAUCGAGAGUCACUCAUAACUAACUAUCAGCCUCGCCAUCUCAAGUAUUCCAGUGCCAUGGCCACCGAAUCCUAUCACUUGUCCGUGGGCGGACCCAAGUUAGUGGUCUUGAAUUGUUCCGAGGCUUAUGCUCCCCUCCAUGAAUAUGUUCCCUCGAAUAAAUCACCGAUUCUCCAAUCGUCGUGGAGUUCCAAUGGCACGUGCUUGGCCUCCUGUGUUCGCCACAGUGAUAAAGUGGUCAUGACUUAUUCCAAAAGAAACGUGUUUUCCUCAGCCGAAAUCGCCACGGGCUUGAGCCAACCUUUGGCCGUCGUUUUCCCUCGAUCCACGCAAAGAAAGCUGUUCGUGGGCAAUAAUUGUAAGGUGAUCUUGUACGAUAUCGCGAAGAAAAAGGCAGCCAAAGAGUUUGAAGUCAAGGAGCCCUUGUCGUGUCUGGACAUCAGUGUUAAUGAUCAAUAUUUGGGUGCGGGUUGCAAAAGAGGCAGCUUAUUUUUGCUCAACAACAUGACCAAUCAAACCAGUCCGCCAUUAAAGACGGUCGAAGCCGACGAGAUAACAGCCGUUCAUUUCUGUCACGGCUACAAAUCACGUCUAGCCUCAUGCAACGAUGCGGGCUCAGUCAAUUUGUGGGACUGUAACGCGUCCAAGGUGUUGAAGACCUUUCGAGAGCACACAGCUCCAAGCACUGGUCUGGCCUCAUUUCCCUUUAACGAUUUGCUACUAUUGUCAUCCGGGUUGGAUAAGAAAUGCGUGGGCUACGAUGUGAAGAGUGGGGAGACUUGUUCAACUUUGAAAACUGAUUAUCCAUUAACAUCAGUAGAGGCACUCCUCAAUGGAAAUUCUAUAGCUUUGGGCACUUCCAAUGGCAAGGUGCUCAUCUACGAUUUAAGAUCAUUCAACAAGCCUCUAAAAAUUGUCCCUUGUCAAAGUGGAGCCGUGCGCAGUUUGGUGUGUCAACCCCCUCCAGAAACACCUCGAAUUUUACGAUCUCAGCCGUCUAGUACCAAAGUGAAACUCUCCAAUUUCGAGACUUCUUCCUCCUUGAAAGAGAACAUACCGAGUUCGUCUCCGGAUUUGCUCAGGCCGCUAGAAGAAACAACUACCACAACUGGGAUGACGAAGCAGUCAUCCACACCUGAUUUAGGUCGAGACAGUAUUGGCAGUCAAGUCUUUUCACCCUUGAAACAAGCUGGAGUCUCAUCCCCAGCCAUGUCUGUCCAAAGUUUGGGCUCCCAUUACGGUCAAAACAAUGCCAGUAACCUAUCGGUCAAUAACAUAUCACAUGAUAGUCUUUUUUCGCCCUUACGAGAUAACAAUUCGAUCCAUUCCCCUUUGGGAACAAUGUCCGGUGAUAUGAAUUUGUCCUCCAAUGUAACCCGGUUAAGUGUUGGUAAUAACUCUGGUGUCUUCAUCCCCAAAACCCCGAUAGGGAGCUUCAAUAAAAGCUCAGGAACGCCCCUUAUUUCACCAUUGACCAUGAUACGUGAGGAAGACACGUUAGAACAUGACAAAAUAGCUGCACGACUUUCUCAUAGUUUUAUUCAGGCUUCGCAACCCUCUCCGAAAAAGUUCACGCAUGCUAGCAAACCGACAUUAGUGGAGGUAUCCCAAUGUGAGACCCUACCGACUGGUUCGUCCACGGCUUUUCAACAAUCUCGUUUGACCUCAAGCACACCAGCAGCGCUUCUAGCCUCAAAUUUGGAAGGACAGACUCGUCAAGUAGUGCGGAUAGACGACGAAGAUGAGGAAGAUGAAGAUGAGGACGAAAACCACGAGUCCGAAAGGCCCGUAGAUGAUGUGGACUCGUACGACUCGUCCGAUAAAAACAAUUACCGCCGAACUUCAAAGACCAAAGGUGAUGGUGGUGACAUCAAAGCCAUCAUGACAGCCUUUCCACGAGCAUUAAUGGAAACACAACAGUACAUGCAUGACUCCGCAGAUGAGCUUGUUCAAAGAAGUGCCCAAAUCGCGGACCAACGAAAUGGUAAAGAAUCCGCCGGGCACGAGAUAGAUUCGGUGUUUCAGCAAAAAUUCAUGCGAUCCUGCGUGGAAGAAGCUAUGGAUGAAUUUUGUUCUGAGAUGCGACAACAAAUGUGGCACAUGCAGUACGACACAAUCAGGGCAUUUCAAUUGCAAAAAGAAGAGAUGGGAAGACUCUUACGAUCUUAUGCCGUGAACGAAGCCCUUCUUUCAGAGAAUCAGAGACUUAAGCAAGAAAACGAGACCUUAAGAAACUAUUUUUAAUACCAGACUGUUCAUGAAAACUUAUUACAAAUGUUGAAAUAAAAAUGGUGUGGCAUGGUCGUCUUAA